CAGCAGAGCCUCGAAAUUUGAUCCACCGCCAUAGCUGCAUUAUUACCGUCACGUCUCUCGUUGAGGCGAUGCCCAAUGGUCAUGCCGCAACUACCCAAGCCGUGUCGGGUCUGGUGUUGCUAGCCUUGACCUUUUUCUGUCUCACGAUACUGCCCUUGCCUAGUGCUGCCAGACUUGCCUCCAGCUUCACCGUCGAGCGUAUGUCUUUCGUCACCCUUUCAUACAGCUGGACAUCCUCCUCCCUGCCAUUUCUGACGCUACGGCCCGGGCCCAUCUCUUCAAGGCCUUCUUCAAGGCAGUGACUGGUCAGGUGGAAGCAAAGCCACGACAUUGACUCCUUAUCUACUCGUGUCUUUGUUCCAUGCCCCUUCUGCACUCUUUCCAUCUAGCACCAUCGUUGUCCGUGAGACACUUAUGAGCCGUGAUUCUUCUUAAGCAUGCUUCGACCGCCGCCUCGAGAGAUUUCCCAUCUCCAAGACUAUCACAAGCAUCCAGUUGAUAUUGAGAUCAGGGCAAAGAUCCGCGACCACAUUGCCUCUCUGGGGAAUUUCCAGCCUGCCUGCAGAUCACAAGCGACGAUACCUUGUCUGUUUCAGCCACAAGUUCUUCCUGGUAGAUCGGAAGCCAUCGAGACAAUGGCGGAUGGAAGAAACGAAGCCCGCGCGAUGCGGAUCCUCGAAGUGAUGAAUGAUUUUCGGACGCUACAGAUUCACAUCUCAUCACUCAUUACACGCAACGAGGCACACCCUCCCGACCGGCAUUCAUACUACCUCGACGGGUAUGUAGUGCUCAGGCAGAGUGCGGCCGAGUCACAGGCUAUCCUAGCCACUCAUUUCAACCCGGGAAACAUCGGUCUGCAAGCUGGACAGGUGGACGAGUCCGAAGUCACCAAAGCCACCAUGCAGAGAAUUAUUCUUGAUGCCUGCACCAGAAGAUUCCAGGCGCACAAGAUUUAUCUGCGUGCAUCUGCUGCCAUGAGAUGGGUUCAGAUGCGGAUACAAUUGCUGCGAGGCGAAAAACCCGGUCCACGGCAUGUCAACAGUCUCCGAGCAAUUGAUCAACGACUGCGUCAGGAACUCAACGACAUCACAGACGAGCAUGUGGUCGGUGAUUUACGCAAUGCUGAUCGUCGGAAAGGAUACUGGAUUGAUGAGGAUCCCACCCUGGACCGCAUGCUCUCAUGGAUUCGAAUGCAGAGGUGAAACUCAGAUAUACCUCGCACCAUUGCAAAUUCACGAUUUCGCCAUUUUUGAUCGUAUUACCAAAUGACAUUGGUGUGUCUGAAUGCUCUAGCUUGACGCUGACCAUUCUUACGCCUCGAUCAACCGAAGAAAUCACUUAAUCUCUGCGGGCAGAGGAGCUCAAUCUCGCGGGCGGGAAUAUCAGGACUGAAAAUUUGAACGUCAAGCAACAUGUUGGCAUAAAAGCGAAUUGGAUACCCCCAUUGUAGUCGUUCUCAGAUGAGGGAGGGAAAUAUGGCGUUGGAAAGCUAUGGAUACACUGCGAUCACGGCGUGACGCUGACACUGAAUUUGUUAUGCCUUCACGGGACCCGGCACUCAGUACAGAGUGAACAGGUUCCAUAGGACACACAGAACAC